UUAUAAAAUUAAAUUAAUGAACAUAAAGUUCAACUAACAAAUCAAAACUCAAAUCCAAAUAUCUAAUGUGUAUAUUUGUAACUUUAUACCAGUUUUUCAAAUCACACACAUUAGACCUCUAUUUCUCAUUCACACUAACUCUAUCUUAGCAUAUGAAUACAUUGCUAAAAAAAUAGUUCCAACAAAGACAAGGUCAUGUUGGAAGCUUACUUGGUUAAUUAAACAGAUCUUCAAUGUUGUGUCUUGCAAUGGGGUUGACCGAGUUAAGCGUCACCAAAACGCUGAGCAAAUAGAGGAAGCGGUUCAAUUCAGCAGGUUUUUUAACAGCACAUCUCAGUUCGAAUGCUAUUGUCUCUUUUCUGCGGUGGAGGAGAGGAGCGGGUGGCUGAUCUUGGGUUGGCACACCACUCGGCCUCUCAUUACCACUUUGGGCUUGAAAGCUCUCUACCACCAAUACAGAUGGUGUCCCCAGUUCAACUGAGUAGACUCGGUCCACUUUUGUCGAAUUGGUACACACUCAAAGAAGACAAAAGGUGUUUGUAAUGACUUUGCUGAGUCUACUUGUUGGAUCAGUUGUCACGUUGGGUAUAUGACACAUAUGCCAACCGAACCGUUACACCCAUUGCGGCUUGGCUUUGUCACCUGUAGUGACAUAGGAACCAAAGAAAAAACAUGAAUAGAAUAAUAAAAGCAUAUAUGUAAUCAGUGGAAACUAAAGUAAGUCACUUUUCUUUGUUAAUUUAAGGUUCUUCCAGCCUAGUCGUCACCACCACUAACACGGCUUAAUAUUUUAAAGUAUUUUCCAAGAAGAAGAUGAUCGAUAAUUGCAAAGGUCAACUCCAAACUAAAACGUGAUGAAUCGCAAAAUCAUCUAAAGCAGACUCACUAAUCACCAUCGAUGUCGAUAACAGCAACAUCUCUUGUCUUCCUUCUCGCUGCUUUAUCUUACCUCCUCUUCUCUUCUCCACCAAAACCACACUUCCAUACUCUUUUCCUCUCAGCCUCCUUCUCCGACAACGCUUCCAUCGCCUUAAACCUCCGUACCCUCACCCGCCGCCCCCAUGUAGCCGGUUCAGAGGCCAACGCUGAAGCCGCAGCCUUUGUUCGCUCUGCCUUCGCCUCCUCCUCCCUCAAAACACACCUCGUCUCUUACCAAGUAUCUCUAACCUACCCACUUCACCGCUCCCUCGUACUAACACCAAACGAAUCUUCAAAAAACCAGAUCACUUUCGCUUUAGAACAAGAACACGUCGUCGGAGACAACAACAACCCUUACGCAAAAGAAGUGACGCCUACGUUCCACGGAUACGCUAAGUCAGGCAACGUCUCGGGUCCCGCGGUUUACGCGAACUACGGACGAGUCCAAGACUUCGCUGCUCUGAACGUCUCCGGAGCCGUCGUGGUCGCGAGGUACGGAGAGAUUUACAGAGGAGACAUAGUGAGGAACGCGUACAGUGCGGGAGCUGUUGGCGUUGUGAUAUACACAGACAAGAGAGACUACGGCGGCGGCGGAGGAGACGAGUGUUUUCCGGUGAGUAAGUGGAUGCCGCCGAGUGGUGUUCAAGUGGGUUCUGUUUAUAACGGGUUAGGUGAUCCGACGACUCCUGGGUGGGCGAGCGUUGAUGGGUGUGAGAGAUUAUCUGAGGAGGCUGUGGAGUUGAGCGGCGACUCUCCGCUAAUACCUUCGCUUCCUAUCUCGGCGGCUGAUGCGGAGGUGAUCUUGAAGAGUAUCGUCGGUGAUGUUGCUCAUGGUGAUGUUUAUCCUGUGGGGCCUGGACCUGGGAUCUUGAACCUGAGUUACAUUGGGAAAACUGUUAUAGCUCAGAUUGAAAAUGUUAUUGGAGUGAUUGAAGGCGAAGAAGAGCCUGAUAGAUAUGUGAUUCUUGGAAACCAUCGAGACGCUUGGAGUUUUGGAGCUGUUGAUCCCAACAGUGGGACUGCUGUACUUUUGGAGAUUGCGCAAAGGCUAGAUAAGCUGCACAGAAGAGGAUGGAAGCCUAGACGGACGAUUAUUCUGUGUAACUGGGAUGCUGAGGAGUAUGCUCUGAUUGGUUCAACGGAAUGGGUAGAAGAAAACAGAGAGAUGUUAGCUUCAAGAGCAGUGGCUUACUUGAAUAUAGAUUGUGCUGUAUCUGGUCCAGGGUUUCGUGCUUCUGCGACUCCACAACUCGAUGAACUGAUCAAACAAGCGGCUCGAGAGGUCCAGGAUCCAGAUAAUUCAACACAAACCAUCUAUGAUUCGUGGGUAGGAUCAAGCAACUCUGGAGUGAUUGGAAGAUUAGGGGACCUGACAUCAGAUUACGCAGCAUUUGUGCAACAUGUUGGUGUUCCAGCAGCUGACAUGCGUUUCGGAGGAGGCUAUCCAGUCUAUCACUCUAUGUAUGAUGACUUCACUUGGAUGGAAAAAUUUGGAGACCCAAUGUUUCAGCGACAUGUGGCCAUGGCUAGUGUUCUAGGUUUAGUCGCUCUUAGGUUAGCAGAUGAGGAAGUCUUACCAUUCAACUAUGUCUCUUAUGCUUCAGAACUGAUGAAAAGUGCAGAAGAUUUGGAGAAGGAGAAGCUAGACCAUAGCAUAGAUGUUUCUCCGUUAAUCAAAUCGAUCCAAGAUCUAUGUACAGCUGCUCAAGGGAUACAUAUAGAGAAAGAGGGAGUCAAGGGAGCUUUGAAAGUGAGAAAGCUCAACGACAGGUUGAUGAUGGCGGAGCGAGCUUUAACAGACAGAGACGGACUUUCUGGAAGACCAUGGUACAAGCAUUUGGUAUAUGGACCAGCUAAGUAUGAUGAUUACGGGUCAAAAUCAUUUCCUGGGAUUGAUGAUGCAAUAGAUAAUGCAAAGAGGCUAAAGACGGAAGUUUCUUGGGGACUUGUUCAACACGAGAUAUGGAGAGUCUCUAGAGCUGUGAGACAUGCGUCACUUGUCUUAAAGGGUGUAUUGAGAUGAUAUCAACUAUCAAAAAUGCUGUUGUUGCAAUUAGGCAUGGAUAUUGGGGUGUCCAAUAUCGGUUUCGGUUCCAAGUGUUUGGGUUUGGGUUUUUUGGAAAGCAUAAAUUUAGUUUCAUUCGGAUAUUAUAAAAAUUUGGUUCGAUGA